AGACUAUUAAUGCAAAUUAUCCAAAUUAUAGACAACAGCCACUGUAAAGUACUCAAAAUCGAAAAAAUUUAAUCUCACUAACACAAAGAAGCAAUAAAUUUGAGAAAUUUGUUAAACAAAUCUUGGUCUAUCGAAGACCAAGAUCAAUGGACAUACUCUUCGCUCAGAUCCAAGCCGACCUCCGUUCCAAUGACGCAUUACGUCAAUCCGGCGCUCUCCUCCAAGCUCUCCAGCAAUCCGCCGCCGGUCGUGAUAUCUCCGUCAUUGCUAAAACCGCCGUCGAAGAGAUCGUUGCAGCACCAGCUUCCGCCGUUUGUAAGAAGCUCUCCUUUGACCUAAUUCGAUCCACUCGUCUCACUGCCGAUCUAUGGGACUCCGUCUGCACCGGCGUCCGUAAUGAUCUCCACUUCCCCGAUCCCGACGUCACUUCCGCCGCCGUCUCAAUUCUCGCCGCCAUGCCCUCCUAUUCUCUCUCCAAAAUCAUCAUGGAUUCAAACGCCGAAAUCUCCGGCUGUUUCGAUUCGCCAAGUGAUAAUUUAAGGUUUUCGAUUAGUGAAACCCUAGGCUGUAUAUUAGCGAGGGAUGAUAUGGUGACUUUGUGUGAGAAUAAUGUUAAUUUGUUAGAUAAAGUUUCGAAAUGGUGGUCUCGGAUUGGUCAAAAUAUGCUUGAUAAAUCAGACGCAGUUGCUAAAGUAGCGUUUGAAUCAGUUGGGAGACUGUUUCAUGAGUUUGAUUCGAAAAGAAUGAGUCGGUUAGCGGGUGAUAAGUUAGUUGAUAGUGAAAAUUCAUUAGCCAUUAGGUCUAAUUGGGUGUCGUCGAUUAUUGAUUUCGUAUGGAAACAACGGAAUGCUUUGAUGUCUAGGUCUUUGGUUUUGCCUGUUGAGAAUUUUAGAGCUACUGUGUUUCCACUUGUUUAUGCAGUUAAGGCCGUCGCGUCGGGGAAUGUUGAGGUGAUUAGAAAGGUUUCUAAGGUGUCCAGUGGGCUUAAUGGUAGUGUGAUGGAUUCUACAGCUGAGAAAUUAGUUGGGGUUAAUGACGUUGUUACACAUUUGGCGCCGUUUUUAGCAAGUUCGUUGGACCCGCCAUUGAUAUUUGAAGUGGGGAUUAAUAUGCUGUAUUUGGCUGAUGUUCCUGGUGGUAAGCCAGAAUGGGCUUCUCAGUCUAUAAUUGCUAUUUUGACUCUUUGGGACAGGCAAGAGUUUUCUUCGGCUAGAGAAAGUAUAGUUCGCGCUGUUGUUACAAAUUUGCACCUCCUUGAUCUUCAUAUGCAGGUUUCAUUGUUUAAAAAGCUGCUUAUGAUGGUGAGGAAUUUGAGGGCAGAAUCAGAUCGUAUGCAUGCUUUAGCAUGUAUUUGUCGGACUGCUCUGUGCGUCGACCUUUUUGCUAAAGAAAGUGUUCGAAGAGGCCAGAAACCUCUUGCCGGCACUGACAUUGCUUCUCUCUUUGAGGAUUCAAGAAUAAGGGAUGAUCUCAAUAGUGUGACGAGUAAAAGCUUGUUUAGGGAAGAGUUAGUGGCAUCAUUAGUGGAAAGUUGUUUCCAGUUGUCUCUACCUUUGCCUGAACAAAAGAGUUCUGGAAUGGAGAGCAGAGUGAUUGGAGCUUUGGCUUAUGGAACUGGCUACGGUGCACUAAACUGGACAGAGCCAUCUUUGGAAGUGGUGGAAGUUUGUAGACCUUGCGUCAAGUGGGAUUGUGAUGGCAGGACCUAUGCAAUUGAUUGCUACUUGAAGGUGCUUGUUAGGCUGUGCCAUAUCUAUGACACACGUGGAGGUGUAAAAACUGUUAAAGAUGGUGCUUCUCAGGACCAGAUUCUCAAUGAGACAAGACUGCAAAAUUUGCAACGGGAACUUGUGAAGGAUCUACGUGAGGUAAGUAACCCAAGAGUAUGUGCUCGUCUAGUUUGGGCAAUCGCAGAACACAUAAAUCUGGAUGGUUUGGAUCCUCUUCUAGCUGAUGACCCUGAGGAUCCGUUGAACAUUAUUAUAUCAAAUAUACACAAGGUCUUGUUCAAUAUUGAUUCAUCUGCAAAUGCAUCAAAUAGACCCCUAGAUGUUCAGGCGGUUCUUAUAAGUGCUCAGCGGUUGGGGUCGCGUAACCCUAGGGCCGGCCAGUUACUAAUUAAAGAGCUGGAAGAGUUUAGAAACAAUGGAUUGGCUGAUUCUGUCAACAAGCAUCAGUGCCGUUUGAUAUUGCAGAGAAUUAAAUAUAUUCAAGGUCACCCAGACGACAGGUGGGCUGGGGUUAGUGAAGCCAGAGGAGACUAUCCAUUUAGCCACCACAAACUCACUGUUCAGUUUUAUGAAGCAGCUGCUGCACAGGAUAGGAAAUUAGAAGGGUUGGUUCACAAGGCUAUUUUAGAGCUCUGGAGGCCAGACCCUAGUGAAUUAACUGUUUUGCUAACAAAAGGAUUUGAUUCUACGCUACUCAAGGUUAUGCCAGCUGCAUAUAGUUUGACUGGUAGCAGUGAUCCAUGCUAUGUUGAAGCUUAUCAUUUGGCGGAUUCGGGUGAUGGAAGGAUCUCUCUUCAUCUGAAGGUAUUAAAUUUGACAGAACUUGAACUCAAUCGUGUGGACAUUAGGGUUGGGUUAUCUGGUUCUUUGUAUUUUAUGGAUGGAUCUCCUCAGGCUGUUAGGCAGCUACGUAAUCUUGUUUCGCAGGAUCCAGUACAAAUCAGUGUGACUGUGGGUGUGUCCCACUUCGAGAGAUGUGCCCUAUGGGUCCAAGUCUUAUACUACCCAUUCUACGGAAGUGGUGCAGGAGAUUAUGAUGGUGACUAUGCUGAGGAGGACCCCCAAAUUGUGAGGCAGAAAAGAAGCUUAAGACCAGAACUAGGGGAGCCGGUGAUAUUGCGGUGCCAACCAUACAAGAUUCCCUUGACUGAACUUCUUUUGCCACAUAAAAUAUCCCCUGUGGAGUUCUUUCGCUUAUGGCCUAGCUUACCAGCUGUAGUUGAGUCCACUGGUACGUACAUGUAUGAAGGAAGUGGCUUCAAGGCUACUGCUGCACAGCAAUAUGGAUCUUCUCCAUUCCUGGGUGGAUUGAAAUCUUUGUCUUCCAAGCCUUUCCACAGCGUCUGUUCCCACAUCAUCAGGACAGUAGCAGGAUUUCAGCUAUGUUAUGCUGCAAAAACUUGGUUUGGGGGAUUCUUGGGCUUGAUGAUUUUUGGAGCCAGUGAAGUGAGCAGAAAUGUGGAUCUGGGUGAUGAGACGACUACUAUGCUUUGCAAAUUUGUGGUCCGAGCAUCUGACGCAUCAAUCACCAAGGAGAUAGAAUCAGAUCUACAAGGCUGGUUGGAUGACCUCACCGAUGGGGGUGUGGAGUACAUGCCUGAAGAAGAAGUGAAGGAAGCAGCUGCAGAGAGGCUUAGAACUUCAAUGGAACGAAUAGCAUUGCUAAAAGCCGCACAACCGCCUCCAAAAUCUCCAAAAUCCGAUGGCGGGGACAGUGGGGAAGAAGAAGAAGAAGAGGAAAACGAAAAGAAGAAGAAGGAAAAGAAAGAGGAGGAAAAGGGUAAAUCUAAAGGAACCUUGUCGAAGUUGACUGCAGAGGAGGUGGAGCACAUGGCGCUUCAAGCCGCGGUUCUACAAGAGUGGCACAUGCUUUGCAAAGACAGAAGCACCCAAGUAAAUUAAUCAUUUUUUCAUUUUUUUUGAAAUGUAAUUUUGUUAUCUCAUGUAAUUUAGUUCCGAUAUUUGGAAUAGGGAGUAGAGGUAUAGAGUUUCUUGUAUUUUUCUUUAUCUCUGUACAUGUUGUACUGCCUAGGCAUUGUUUUAUUGCUUCUCGCUAGAUACUUGAAAAAACAAAAAAAAAGAGUUUUAUUGUUUUUGAGCAGAAGGAACAUUUCCACUUUCGAUUGA